UAUAUAUAUAUAUCAAAUCCAAUUUUAUUAGUCACAUGUGAAAAUCUUACAGUGAAAUGCUUACUUCCGAGCCCCUAACCAACCACACAGUUUCAAAAACAAUACAGAUAAGAAUAAGAGAUAAAAGUAAAAAGUAAUUCAAGAGCAGCAGUGAAAUAACAAUAGCGAGACUAUAAACAGGGGGGUACCGAUACAGAGUCAAUGUGCGGAGUCACCGGUUAGUUCAGGUAGUAUGUACAUGUAGGUAGAGUUAUUAAAGUGACUAUGCAUAGAUGACAACAGAGCGUAGCAGUGGUGUAAGAUCCAGGAAAUGAUGGGCAAUAGGCGUAUUGUGGCCUGGUAUUUGGUUAAUGCAUUCCAAAUAGGUUUAUUGUUUACGACCAAAUCACUUUACUUUCUGAAUCUUCAAAUGGAGCAUCUGCCAGCUGACCCUUUAAAAAGACUCAACAGUGUGACCAAAGCACAACCCACUGGGCACAGACACCAAUUCAACAUCUAUUUCACGUUGGUUCAAAGUAAUUGAAAUGACAUGGAAACAACGUUCAUUCAACCAAUGCGUGCCCAGUGGGAAGGCUCUACUUUUAUCUACCUGCUCCAACUAGGCUAUGUUUCUACUUGCUGAGUAAACUCAACUCCGUAUGCAGUACAUCUCAAUGAAGUUGAUUUGCGAUGAGUUUUGGCAGAGUGUACCUCCGACAUCGAGUCGAUAUCAGUUGUUACUUGUAGAAAUGUCCAUUCUUUAAUGCGUACCUUGCACAUAUGUUUGUCCUCUGUAACUGUGUUGUUUUCUUUAGGUGCCGCAAUCCACAGUUGUUUGGUAAAAUGUGCUUUUUACUUGACCUCCGCCAAGGGAGCAGUUGUUUGUUCAUGGAUAAAGAGCAGAUUGCAUGGCAGAUUUCUUCAUUUUGGCUAGGGAUGCAUAGAAUUGUGUUUUUUAAAAUAAAAACCCGAUGAAUUCCAACUCCCACUGACAACUGUAUAAAUAUCAGGACAAGUGUAGCACAUGGGGAUGUGUGAAGCUUACUCCUCAGCCUGAAGUGUCCCCACCUGCACCAGCGAAUAGCUAGAAGUCGCUAGCUUGGACAUACCAGUAGCUUACAAUUCAACCAAGAGUGUUGGAAGUGAAAUGUUACAAUUGACCCCAUAGGCAGGGUUAAAUCUAACAGGCUGAAGGGUUAAAUAUAACAUUGUCAUCAAUGGCAAAAAUGAAGGGCAAUUGAAAAAUGUUAUGAUUUGAAACUGAUAUUUGGAUGAAAAUGAAACAAAACUGACAAAAAGUUGACCAAAUGUAUAUAUUUUACAUUAGCAUUCAAAGGUAUGAAUUUGACUUUUUAUACAGUAUAAUCUUAAAUUGUACUGGGAAACUUGAUGUAAAGAAGUGAAAUGUUAUAUUAUAUCAUUCAUUUGAGUGUAAUUGGAGUCUUGUGAGAAAAUACAACAAUAAUUAUUGUCAUCAACUAGGCUGUACCAAUCAAAAGACUUCUCCUUACUGAUACAAUUAUAUGUGAUGAGAUAUAUGGCGAAUUUCCGGAGAUCAAUCAUUUGAAAAAGAGAGGCAGCCAGAAUAUUCACUUUAGGCCAAAACAUAUAUAUGUUUUAAGUAAAUAAAACAAAACAUAUGCUUCAAACUGUAUGAGUAGAUUGCUUGACAGAAAUGGUAGCAGAAGGUGAAUGUGGACCUUUUGUUGCACACAUAUAUAGAUUAUGCUGCUUACCAUGUUGUGCAAAGAUACUGUUGGUGUGAUCAAGGCAUUAUGCCUUGAUCACAAUGAUAGUGUCAUUGUGCAAAAUAGUACUCAGCGCCAUCUAGAUGUGUGCAAGAAAAAUUCAACAUUCACCUUCUGCUACCAUUUCUGUCAAGCCGUCUAUACAUACAGUUUGUCACGUACAUUUGAUAAAUCUAACACUUUGAACACACCGACAGCAAAAUUGCAUUUUGGGACACCAGAUGUACAUUAAUCUCCAAUUAAAUUCUGCGUUUGCCUUGCAGCAUUGCGUUGCAGAGGCAGUUGCAGUGCUUUCAGUGAGGUGCAUGAAUAGGAUUUAUCGAACAUAUGAGUCAAACUGUAUGAGUAGAAGCUUGACAGAAAUGGUAGCAGAACGUGAAUGUUGAACUUUUGUUGCACACAUAUCCAGAUGGUGCUGCGUACUAUUUUGCGCAAUUACGCUGUCGGUGUGUUUGAUUGGUAAGCGUAAUGUGUUCACCACACAGAACGCACUGCAACUGCCUCUGCAACGCAAUGCUGUAAGGAAAACGUAGCGUUCCAUUGGAAAUGAAUGUCCUUCUGGUGUACCAAUAUUAACCACUCUCGGUGUGAUUGAGGCGUUCAGCUCGAAGCUGCCACAGGAUGAGGAGAGGAGAGGGCGAGUUUAAUCCAUCAGAUUCCAACCUAACAGCCAUGAUGGAGGACACCAUUUAACGAGAAUGCUAUAAUGUAUCCAUAUAGAGCACUUCCGGCUUAAUUGAAAAUUAUGAAUUUAUAUACGAGCUCGUCCGCUGGAUUUCAUAAUUGGAACAUUUCUGGAACUUUAUUUUGAAUAUUACCUGGCUGAAAGCAAACCCGUGCUGUGGACACACGCGACCUCUGACAUCACGGAUUUACGCAGCGCUUGUUGACGAUCUGCGAGGCUGUGGGAGAUCCUUCCCAGUCUGUGGUUGGUGAAUCCGGUGUCCAAGAAGACCGCCUCUCUCCGCGUCUGUCCAGUGCGUUAAAGCGAGUAAGGCGUCUCAGAGAGGAGGUACCGGGAUGAAAACGAAAAACUGCUUUUUUGCGAUUUUGCUGAAUUUUACAAGGGGAUUACGGUUCUGUUGCCUGCCUGCUUGCCUGCCAAUUUGGGUCACCUGCUUAGCUCCAAGGCGCUUUUAUUAGGCUCCACAUUCCUGCCCAGUGUUGAAUUAAUCUUUACCCUUCAUGUCGCAUUGGAAUAAUUUCAUCUAUCAUGGAUUUGAUUUUCUUUUACAAAGUCACCGUUGAGGCUCGGUUAGACAUCCUAUAGAUCCGGACACUGUAAGCUACUAUCGAACUCACCCAUAUAGCGCAACAUCAGGAGGGGAACAUGGCCAAAAAUGCCCCAGGCGGACCGUUGCGGGAUGACUUAAGCAAGCUCUCCGGAGAGGAGCUCUCCAGGCUCGGCAAAGACGAGCUGAUCAGGAGGCUACGGAAAACGGAUAACGAGAAAAUGUACUUAAUGGUGGAGCACGGGAACAUGAUGAAAGAUGUGAACCGGAGACUACAGGUCCAUCUCCAUGAGAUCCGCAGCCUAAAAGAGAUCAACCAGAAGCUUCAGGAUGAUAACCACGAACUCCGGGAGCUCUGCUGUUUCCUGGACGACGACCGACAGAAGGGCAAGAAGCUGUCACGGGAGUGGCAACGCUUCGGCCGCUACACCGCCGGAUCGAUGUGGAAGGAUGUCGGGGUGUACCAUCAGAAGCUGAAGGAUCUGGAAGCCAACCAGGACUCUGUGAUGCGGGAGAACCUGGAACUGAAAGAGAUCAUUCUGAUGCUGGAUGAGGAGAGGAACGGAGCCGGGUCACGGAGCUCCAUAGAUUCCCAGUCCAGCCUGACCAACCUGAACGGGGGCACGGGAACCGUUAGGGACGUCGGGGACGGGAGCAGUACCUCCAGCACCGGCAGCGCCGGUAGUCCUGACCACCACCACAACCACGUACACAAGCCAAACGAGGGAAAAAUAGCAUCCCUGCGGAGGUCUAUGGACGACCUAUCGCUGGCGUCACACAUCCACCUGCGCAUUCCAAAUGGACUGAAUGAUCCAUCUUCAAACUACAUGAGACAACUGGAGACCAAGGUCAGCAUCCUAGAGGAUGACAACAAGCAGCUGCUAUCACAGCAGGCUAACAGUGGUGAUCUGAACAGUCUGAGGAAGGGUCUGUCUCUCUACCACUCUGAGUCUCAGCUCUCCUCUCUCACGCAGUACCAGCAGGACGCCGUGCAGAAUGGCUCCGGUAGGACCCCUAGUGGUGAGCCACCCCCCCCAGCAGACUACCUCCCUGUGGGCCAGAAGCCCGAGGCUGUGGUCCAUGCCAUGAAGGUGCUCGAGGUCCAUGAGAAUCUAGAGAAGAAAAUCCCUGAAGACUAUGACAAGGACCUCAGUGAGAAGGAGAAGGCCAUUGUCAGGGAGAUGUGUAACGUGGUGUGGCGUAAACUGGGUGACGCUGCGGGCUCCAAGCCUUCAAUCCGCCAGCAUCUCUCUGGGAACCAGUUCAAAGGGCCUUUGUAGUCCCUAGGACGACAUUAACCAGCACUCAAUCAAGACAAACGGACAGACAAAUAAAUAAACAACAACAACAACAAUGGAUCCUCAGCACUGACUGGACAAAGGGACACACCCUCUCCUACUCUCUCAGCACUGUGACCGUGGCUAGAUGAUCCAGACAAACCCUAACCUAAACCCAGCCCACUGCCUCUGUAUCUGUGAUAUCCAUCUUUGGCCUCCCUUAACCUCAUGCCCUGGUGGAUAUUGGAAUGGUGACCUAACCUGGGUAGUGGCUACAGGCAAUUUCAGAUUAGGGCAAAACAGAUCGUGGCGACGAAUGGUUCGAAAUAGCGGGUGGCCGUCCUAUCGCCUCCACAGCACAACAGAGCAUCAGUUGACAGUUAUGGUGUGUUUUUGAAGAAGAGGAAGAUGAAGGGAGGAUAGGGGCACGAGGCAUGCAUUACCAACUAAACUCUCCCUUACAACCUCACAACCAUUCACUACAGUACUGAGCUACUAUACCUGUGACCUGUUCUACAGUACUACACCUGACAGUCCCAACCAGUCACGACAGUACUGAGCUACUAUACCUGUGACCUGUUCUACAGUACUACACCUGACAGUCCCAACCAGUCACGACAGUACUGAGCUACUAUACCUGUGACCUGUUCUACAGUACUACACCUGACAGUCCCAACCAGUCACGACAGUACUGAGCUAGAGCACUACACCGUCUCCACCCAACGUCUCUUUUUGUGUUUGUGUAAAUGUUCACCUACCAAGUGUUCAGGACUGACAACCACUCGAGGACGGACUAUUCUACUGCAGGCCCUGUUCUGUUCUUGACUUUGCUUCCAUGACUUCUCCACAGGCAACUGACUGACAACCUACUUUUAAUAUGAGGAGAAAUCCUGGAAAUGUUCUGAUGUAAUUUCCUUCGGUGUAUAGUCACAAGCCAUAGGUUUACAUGACUUGAAACCUAGCUGCUGCAGCCUACUUUUGAUAGUGUCGUCCCCUUUUGCCUGAGCAGGAAGUAUGUGUUCAAGUGUAGACAGAAUUGAUUUCAAAGUGUUCAACUAAAUUCUAGCACCAAAUCAGUUAUGUGUAACAAAACGUAGCCCUGUUUAAAAAAAAGUUAUAAUUUAAUUUGUUUGUUUGCGCCUCAAAUGGCACCCUAUUCCCUAUACCAACGCCAUAUAGGCAUUAGGGUGCCAUUUCGGAUGCACACGUUGUAACUAAGUACAGAAAGUGGAACACUGAGUUCAGUUUCAUACCCUGUGUUUCAAAAGUUUCCUCCCAGGCAGAAAGCUUAUAGCCUGGGUAGGGUCUGUUUAUGCUCUCCUGCCAACUCCUAGAAUUGUCAAGCCAAAAAUGUUACAUUUUAGUCAUGUAGCAGGCGCUCUUAUCCAGAGCAACUUACAGUAGUGAGUUCAUACGUUUUCUUAUAAUAGUCCCCCGUGGGACUCAAACUAACAACCCUGUUGUUGCAAGCACCAUGCUCCACCAGUUGAGCCAUACAGGACUUGACAAUGUCUGCAAUGGAGUUGGCAAAAGGACAAACAGCUCUCGGACCAGGCUUGAAAGCUUAGCCUGUCAGACUAUUAACUGAAACCUUAAGUCGAGCAAGAGGUUUUGGUUCAUGCAUAAUAUAGGGUCGCUUCUGAUGAUUGAUCAUGGAUUAGAACGUCAGGAUCUUGCUAGAUGGAAGUGGACUUUGAAUUCACAAUCUGAAUUUCUAAUGUAUGACAAUCGUUGAAACGGUUUUGAAUAACAACUGUUAUUUUGACCAGUCCUAACUUUUCCUCAAUGAGCUCUUAUAGGAACCAUACAUUACGAAGUCUCAUUGGAGACUAUGUAUACUACAUGAGGUCUCUUAGCUGGGUCCGAUGUAUACUUCAUAAGGUGUCUUAGCUGGCUCCUGUACAUUAUGAUGUGUCAGGCCCGAUGUGUGCACAAUGAAGUCUCCUAGAGUCCCUAUGUCUGCUCUGUAAAGUCUCAUAGCUGUCAUCUCUAUAGUAGGACUUCAGUGUACAAUCCACUGAUACGCGCCGAUUAUGUUGACAUCGAUGAAGGCAGCCCCACGCACCUCUCUGAUUCAGAGAUGUUGGGUUAAAAGCGGAAGACACAUUUCAGUUGAAUGCAUUCAGUUGCACAACUGACAAGGUAUCCCCCUUUCCCUUUCUCCCUCCCCUUUCCCCCACUGCGUAGCUAAAUGAAGCUUCAUAGCUGUGUUCUAUACUCCGUGGCACCUCCUAGCUGAUUGCUGUGUAUUUGAGUCUUCUCAGUAUUGUAUGGUGAGGGCUAAUAGAUAAGCUACACAACAAUGCCAUGAGACUGACAUAACAGAUGACAUAACAGAUGUCAUUAAGAGUUAUAGCAACAUAACAGACAGAUGUCAUUAGGAGUAAUAACAUACACUACAUGAGCAAAAGUAUGUGGACACCUGCUCGUCGAACAUCUCAUUCCACAAUCAUGGUCUUUAAUAUGGAGUUGGUCUCCCAUUUGCUUCUAUAACAGCCUCCACUCUUCUGGGAAGGCUUUCCACUAGAUAUUGGAACAUUGCUGUGGGGACUUGCUUCCAUUCAGCCACAAGAGCACUAGUGAGGUUGGGCACUGAUGUUGGGCGAUUGGGCCUGGCUCGUAGUCGGCGUUCCAAUUCAUCCCAAAGAUGUUCGAUGGGGUUAAUGGCAGGGCUCUGUACAGACCAGUCAAGUUCUUCCACACCGAUCUCGACGAACCAUUUCUGUAUGGAAUUUGCUUUUGCAUGGGGGCAUUGUCAUUGCUGUAACAGGAAAAGGCCUUCCCCAAACUGUUGCCACAAAGUUGCAAGCACAGAAUCAGAUUUGUCUGUCGGACUGCAUUAUGGUGAAGUGUUUCAUCACUCCAGAGAACGCGCUUCCACUGCUCCAGAGUCCAAUGGCGGCGAGCUUUAAACCACUCCAGCUGAUGCUUGGCAUUGCACAUGUUGAUCUUAGGCUUGUGUGCAGCUGCUCGGCCAUGGAAACCUAUUUCAUGAAGCUCCCGACGAGUUAUUGUGCUGAAGUUGCUUCCAGAGGGAGUUUGGAGUGUUGCAACCGAGAACAGACAAUUGUUUAGCGCUACGCGCUUCAGCACUCAGUGGUCCCGUUCUGUGAGCGUGUGUGGCCUACCACUUUGCGGCUGAGCCGUUGUUGCUCCUAGACAUUUCCACUUCACAAUGACAGUACUUACAGUUGACCGGGGCAGCUUUUGCAGCUCUAGCAAUUUGAUGAACUGACUUGUUGGAAAGUUGGCAUCCUAUGAUGGUGCCCUGUUGCAUGUCACUGAGCUCUUCAGUAAGGCCAUUCUACUGCUAAUAUUUGUCUGUGGAGAUUACAUGGCUUUGUGCGCAGUUGUAUACACCUGUCAUUAACUGGUGAGUGGCUGAAAUAGACAAAUCCACCAAUUUUGAUGGGAUGUCCACAUACUCUUGUACAUAUAGUGUGUGACUAUGUAUAUGAUAUCUUACCUAUAGGGGUUCAGGAGUUGUAUGUAAAACGAAUAAGGUCUGAUAGCUGAGCUGAGUUGUAUGCAUAUGUAAGGCCAGUGAAUAAUGUAUAUGAGUACUCAUAAGAGUCUUAUAUACAGUGCCUUGCGAAAGUAUUCGGCCCCCUUGAACUUUGCGACCUUUUGCCACAUUUCAGGCUUCAAACAUAAAGAUAUAAAACGGUAUUUUUUUGUGAAGAAUCAACAACAAGUGGGACACAAUCAUGAAGUGGAACGACAUUUAUUGGAUAUUUCAAACUUUUUUAACAAAUCAAAAACGGAAAAAUUGGGCGUGCAAAAUUAUUCAGCCCCCUUAAGUUAAUACUUUGUAGCGCCACCUUUUGCUGCGAUUACAGCUGUAAGUCACUUGGGGUAUGUCUCUAUCAGUUUUGCACAUCGAGAGACUGACAUUAUUUCCCAUUCCUCCUUGCAAAACAGCUCGAGCUCAGUGAGGUUGGAUGGAGAGCAUUUGUGAACAGCAGUUUUCAGUUCUUUCCACAGAUUCUCGAUUGGAUUCAGGUUUGGACUUUGACUUGGCCAUUCUAACACCUGGAUAUGUUAUUUUUGAACCAUUCCAUUGUAGAUUUUGCUUUAUGUUUUGGAUCAUUGUCUUGUUGGAAGACAAAUCUCCGUCCCAGUCUCAGGUCUUUUGCAGACUCCAUCAGGUUUUCUUCCAGAAUGGUCCUGUAUUUGGCUCCAUCCAUCUUCCCAUCAAUUUUAACCAUCUUCCCUGUCCCUGCUGAAGAAAAGCAGGCCCAAACCGUGAUGCUGCCACCACUAUGUUUGACAGUGGGGAUGGUGUGUUCAGGGUGAUGAGCUGUGUUGCUUUUACGCUUUUACGUUUUGCAUUGUUGCAAAAAAGUUCAAUUUUGGUUUCAUCUAACCAGAGCACUUUCUUCCACAUGUUUGGUGUUUAAACAACACUUUUUAUGGAUAUCUUUAAGAAAUGGCUUUCUUCUUGCCACUCUUCCAUAAAGGCCAGAUUUGUGCAACAUACUGAUUGUUGUCCUAUGGACAGAGUCUCCCACCUCAGCUGUAGAUCUCUGCAGUUCAUCCAGAGUGAUCAUGGGCCUCUUGGCUGCAUCUCUGAUCAGUCUUCUCCCUGUAUGAGCUGAAAGUUUAGAGGGACGGCCAGGUCUUGGUAGAUUUGCAGUGGUCUGAUUCUCCUUCCAUUUCAAUAUUAUCGCUUGCACAGUGCCCCUUGGGAUGUUUAAAGCUUGGGAAAUCUUUUUCUAUCCAAAUCCGGCUUUAAACUUCUUCACAACAGUAUCUCGGACCUGCUUGGUGUGUUCCUUGUUCUUCAUGAUGCUCUCUGCGCUUAUAACGGACCUCUGAGACUAUCACAGUGCAGGUGCAUUUAUACGGAGACUUGAUUACACACAGGUGGAUUGUAUUUAUCAUCAUUAGUCAUUUAGGUCAACAUUGGAUCAUUCAGAGAUCCUCACUGAACUUCUGGAGAGAGUUUGCUGCACUGAAAGUAAAGGGGCUGAAUAAUUUUGCACGCCCAAUUUUUCAGUUUUUGAUUUGUUAAAAAAGUUUGAAAUAUCCAAUAAAUGUCGUUCCACUUCAUGAUUGUGUCCCACUUGUUGUUGAUUCUUCACAAAAAAAUACAGUUUUAUAUCUUUAUGUUUGAAGCCUGAAAUGUGGCAAAAGGUCGCAAAGUUCAAGGGGGCCGAAUACUUUCGCAAGGCACUGUACUGUAUGAGUUCUCUUGGCUAGUCUGAGGUCUGAAUAGGCAGUUAUAAACUGUUAAAAGACACUUGCUGCAUUCUCUCGGAUAUGUGUUCUAAAAUCUGAACUGAAGGUUUGCUGUCAGAUUGGUAAAUUAAUCUGAAUUGAGUUUGACACAUUGUCAAUCUAUAUAGGGGAAUAAUAAAUGUAUACCCUUUUUUUGUGUUAUACAGAAGGCUGUGUAUAAAUGUACGUUUACACAUCCCCAUGAAUUCUGGGUAAAAAGCAUUCUAAUUGGAGAGAAUAUACUGUAUUGAUAGCAAAAUAUAUUAUAUUAUCACCUUAUUCCCCAUUUAGUGCUCUACAUUUGACCAGAGCCCUAUUUACCUUGGUCAAAAGUAGUGCACUUAAUAGGAAUAGGUUACCAUUUGGGAUGUAUCCGCUGUGUUUCAGUGUUGUUGAGGAGUCUGGAUGCAGCAGGUGACUUUGAACAGUGACAGACUGACUGUGUGUUUGACCCGUCUCGUAACGUACAGUAUAAGUGCUGUGUGAACAAAAUGAGCAGGAAUCAACAAGGAAAAAAGCUUCAUAUAUAAUAUAUGAGGUAUAUUCCUGAUAUAUGAAGAUAAUUCUGUUUGAAUCGAGGACCUCGUAUAAAGCAUACACUGUUCUGUACAGUGUUGUCUUUAAUCGUCCGGCAUUGAUGACUAAGGAGUUUCCUGACGGAAAACUGUAUGAAUAAGUGUCCAUACACACUCAAAGUCUUCACAAAUUAAACUUUUGCAAAAGUGACCUUGUUCUUAAACUGAUAAGUCUACACGCAACGAAUGACUUUUAUAUUUGUUCAUUUGAAAGCACAAAGUUAUGAUUAAAUGUUUGACUAUUUUCCUAUUGUUACAUUCAAACACAUUGCUUCUUUAUUCUCUCUAUGUUGAAACGGUGAUAAUUCUAUGUCCUUUUUUUCAGCCUCUUUUUUUCUGUGAUACAUAGUUUAAGGUAUCCUAGGAUAUACAGUGCUAUGUACAUACAUACGUAGUACUCCUGUAGCAUACAAUGAACUAGCAUGCCUUUAUAUGUUUUUCACAAGCUGUAUGUAGCUGAAAUUGGACUGUUAUUUUAGCAAAUUUUAAAUGUGACAACUGAGGUAAGCCGCUUUCAAAUUUUUAAAUAAAAUUGAAAUAUACUUUCUUUUA